CCCACCAACGCUGACAGGAUUGGACUGCGACAACUCUUACCUCUGAAUUUCCCUUCCUUUCGAACAACACACGCCGUGCGCAACGCAUACCCCUCCACGCACGUUGACUCAAUUUUCUCUUCCCACUCCCGCGACACAUCAUGGGUCGCAAGUUCAGAGGAGGCAAGAAGGGCAAGUCCCGCGGCGGCAGCAACGCCGAGGGCGGCGGUGACCGCGGUCGCCAGCCUCGCAGCGAGUCGUGGCAGAACUACCCUGCCGUCAAGAAGGAGAACGAGAGGCUCCAGCGCUACUACAAUACCAUCUUUGGUCUCUCCGAGGAGGAGCAGGGCCCCUUCUGGGAUGCCCUGCGCAGAGAUCUGCCCAACAGCUUCCGCUUCUGCGGCUCCAAAGGCCACGCCUUGGCCGUGAAGAAGCUUCUGCAAACCCGAUACAUGCCCGAGAUCCAGAACAUCCAGCACGCCGAUGGACGCACCGUCGAGCCCCCCAAGCCCUUGACUUGGUACCCCAACGAGCUCGCCUGGUGGAUGACUACCCCGAAGAACAUUAUUCGCAAAUACCCCCCCUUUGCCGCCUUCCAGAAGUUCCUCGUCUCCGAGACAACUGUCGGCAACAUCAGCAGACAAGAGGUCGUCAGCAUGAUUCCUCCCCUCUUGAUGGACGUCCGCCCCGGCAUGACCGUGUUGGAUAUGUGCGCCGCGCCCGGCAGCAAGGCCGGUCAGCUUCUCGAGAUGAUUCAUCAGGGCGAGGAGGCGAGAGUCAGAAAGGUUCUGCGCGCCUUUGCCAAGGAAGACGGGCUCGACCUCGGCGACGAGACGGAGGAGGAGCGCCAGGCUGACCUCUCGGCCGACCCCUCGGACUCUGGCCGCACAACCGGCCUCCUCAUCGCCAACGACUCCGACUACAAGCGCGGCCACAUGCUUGUCCACCAGCUCAAGCGUCUCGGAUCCCCCAACCUGCUCGUUACCAACCACGACGCAACCCAGUACCCCGCGAUCAGGCUCCCCGCGAACCCCGAGACCCCGACUAAGCCUCGAUACCUCAAGUUCGACCGAAUCCUCGCCGAUGUGCCGUGCUCGGGCGACGGCACCUUGAGAAAGAACAUGAACCUGUGGAAGGACUGGCAGCCCGGCAGUGCGCUGGGCCUUCACGUCACCCAGGUUAGAAUCCUGCUGCGCGCGCUCGCCAUGCUCAAGGUCGGAGGCCGUGUCGUCUACUCCACCUGCAGUAUGAACCCCGUCGAGAACGAGUCCGUCGUCGCGGCCGCCAUCGAUCGCGCCGGUGGCCCGGACAAGGUCGAGAUCGUCGACUGCAGCAACGAGCUGCAAGGUCUCGUUCGCGCCCCCGGUAUGAAGAAGUGGCAGAUCAUGGAUAAGUCUGGCAGGCUGUGGAGCUCCCAGGCCGAGGUCGAUGAGUGGACGAAGAACAGUACCGAGGGUGUUGCUCCCGGAAGACUCGUCGAGACCAUGUUCCCGCCGUUGGAGGGCAGCGUCUGCGCCGACCUGCCUCUCGAGCGCUGCAUGCGUGUCUACGCUCACCAGCAGGACACUGGAGGCUUCUUCAUCACCGUUCUGCAGAAGAAGGCCGAGGUCAAGAUCCGCCCUGAGGACCAGAAGCAAGGCGACGAGUCCACCAAGUCAAACGGAGCGACUGCGGCUGCCACACCCGCCGAGGCCACGCCUGCGACUGAGACCGAGAACACCGAGACGAACAUGGAGGUCGAUGCAGCUGAGACGACCGAAGAGGCAGUCGAGGCAGUCCCCGAGACGGUUCCGGAGACGGCCCCUGAGACCACCACUGAGGCCACCGAAGAAGUAAAAAGUGAGGAAAAGGCCGAGGAGGCGGAGCAGGAUGCUACGAACGGUGUUAAGCGACCGAGAGAAGACGAGACGGCUGACGGCGAGACUCAAGAGACCAAGAAGGCCAAGCUCGAGGCGACGACACAAGAGAAGCCCAAGAACUCGAACCGCAACAUCCACGGCCGUGUCGAGGAGCCGUUCAAGUACCUGGACCCCAAGCACGAGGUCAUCAAGAACAUUCGCGACUUUUACCACAUCUCGCCGCGCUUCCCCGACGACCGCUACAUGGUCCGCAACGCCACGGGCGAGCCCGCCAAGGCCGUCUACUACACCUCGGCGCUGGCGCGCGACAUCCUCACGGAGAACGAGGGCCGCGGCAUCAAGGUCAUCCACGGCGGCGUCAAGAUGUUUAUGAAGCAGGACGCCCCCUCAGCCGAGAUCUGCCGCUGGCGCAUCCAGUCCGAGGGCAUGCCCAUCCUCCAGGGCUACGUCGGCGAGCAGCGCGUCGUCCGCCUGACCAAGAAGGAGACGCUGCGCCGUCUGCUGAUCGAGAUGUUCCCCCGCAUCGCCGACGGCGAGUGGGAGCAGAUGGGCGAGAUUGGCGAGCGCGUGCGCGACAUCGGGAUGGGCUGCUGCGUGCUCCGCGUCGAGCCCGACGGCUCUGACCCGGCGUUCAGCGAGCGCAUGGCGCUCCCCUUGUGGAAGAGCAUCCACUCGCUCAACCUCAUGCUGCCCAAAGAGGACCGGACGGCCAUGCUGCUCCGCAUCUUUGACGACACCACCCCGCUCAUCAACAACAGCCUGCAGAAGCAGAGGGCCAUUGACGAGGCUGCCAGGAAGAAGGCGGCGGAGGACGCCUAUGUCGCGGAGAAGGAACUCAUUGACAUUGAGGACGCCCCCACGCCCGAGGAGAUGGAUCUCGAGCCUGCGUCUGUGCCUGCUGCUGCUGCUGCUGCGGAGACUGAGGAUGCUGCCGCCGCCGCUGUAGCCGCUGCUCCGACCACCGAGGAGGCUUAGAAGGCGAACUCGGAUUCGAGCGAGUUGGACCUGGACGCCCUGCUGGGAAGAAAGGGCAAGCGUGCGGCGAAGCGCGCGAGGGCCAAGCGCCGGGGCAUGGCGGAUUACGCGCAGAAGAGCGUGGAUUUGGUCAUGCGCGCUGCAGCGGAGGGAGG